UUUUCUGUCUUUCUCCACAGAUCCCCAGCUCAAGGGUAUAGUGACCAGGUUAUAUUGCAGGCAGGGAUACUACUUGCAGAUGAACCCAGAUGGAUCUCUUGAUGGGACUAAGGAUGACAGUAGUAAUUCUUCGUUGUUCAACCUCAUCCCUGUGGGCCUUCGGGUCGUUGCUAUUCAGUCUGUGAAGACGGGCUUGUACAUCGCCAUGAAUGGAGAAGGCCAUCUGUACACAUCAGAACUGUUUACGCCAGAAUGCAAGUUUAAAGAGUCCGUGUUUGAAAACUACUAUGUGAUCUACUCAUCCAUGCUGUAUAGGCAGCAGGAGUCGGGGAGAGCAUGGUUCCUUGGCUUAAAUAAAGAUGGCCAGGCCAUGAAGGGGAACCGGGUGAAGAAAACUAAACCAGCUGCUCACUUCCUGCCCAAGCCAUUAGAAGUCGCUAUGUACCGAGAGCCAUCAUUGCAUGACGUGGGGGAGACAGUGCCCAAACCUGCCGUGCCUCCCAGUAAAAGCACAGAGCCGGCCGUCAUGAACGGAGGCAAACCUGUCAGCAAGGAAACCAAGCCCACCACAUAGCCAGAUUCCAUCUUGGCCAUGCUCAACCCCGGAGAGCUGUGCUCCUUUUGUCAGACUCUCCAUGUUUGUGGAUCAGAUCCAGGCAUCCUCUGCUCUCUCCUCCCCAUUCCCUCCACCCCCUUCACUCCUCUGACUGUUCCGAUCUAAUUCGACGACGGACUGGCUCCAGAAGAGUGGUCAGCUGUGCACGUAGGAGGAUGCGACUGGAUAAACCAGCUAAACUUUCACCAUGGAAUGCCCUAACUGAUAUGGAAUGCCUAUUGACAUACAAUAAAGCUGAUGUUUUUUCUGUAAUCGAGACAAUCCACGAGAAUGAAAUUGUGUACUGCAGGCGCUUGCGUGGUGGUUCUUUUGCCUGCUAACAGUCACCCGUUAUAACCCUUUUCUUGAACCCUGUCGCAGCAGAUCUAUUUUCUAUAUAUACAGUAAGACCAGCUACGCUCUGGGGUAAUACUGUAAAGAUAUACAUAUAUAUGGACUGGAAUCUACAACCUUCUUUUUUUUUCAAAUUAAGUAUGCUCCUGUGUCUCCUCCUUUCUAGGUGUCCCCCAGUCUCUGAAGCGCAAAGUUCCAAAUUUUUCCCUUUUGUCGGUGACUUAGGAAAUUUGUUGUCGGGGCAAUGUGCGAUGUGUUCUGGUGUGCAGUCAUUCAAACACAACGAAGGAUUCUCACAUAGUACCUUCACAAUGUUUAUGGUCAGUGCUCAUGUCUUCUUAUUCUUGUAAUGUCUAGAAAGGGACACAAGUAUACUUAGCAAAUGCCAGCGAGUGCAUUAGUCACGCCCGCAGCAGUCCAACACAAGGAGCUGGCAUGAGCUGAGGAAGGUGUAUAGAGUACAUAUCACUAUCUAGUACGGUGCAAAUUGGUUUCAACCCCAGUAACUAGGUGAAUUUCCACUUUUCUUUGCUCUUAAUUUAGAGCGUGGGCUCUAGGAAUAUCUAUAGGCCUUGUAGGCCUCUGGUCAAGGCCUCUCUUUGACAUGCUGACUCUGAACUGAGGGCUAGUUCGGCUAGCACAUUAAAUGUGACGAGAGUGGCAGCCAUAGAGAAAUACAGUCUACUUCAGGCCUGGGUGGUUAAAUGUCUCAAUGUAAGUAGGCACCAUUACUAUUGGCUGCACAUCCAUUUUGUUCAGCAAAGGCAUGGCCAAGGUUAGUAUUACGUUCUGUUCUUGCAAUGUUGACGCAGUGCAAGAAAUGGCUUCUAUAACAAUGUUUUCACUGUAUACAAAUAAAACAAAAAUCUACCAAAAAAUAAAAUAAAAAUAAAAAAUAGAUUUUUAACUACCAGAUAUUAGAAUUCUGAAAUGAGAGGGGUUUUCCUAGCUCAGCAUGCAGAGUCCAGUACUGCUCAUCAUGUGCCUGUGAUGACCUCUAACCCAGCAUGCAAAAACAUGUACCCAGUCUGUGCUGGGUUAAAGGUGCCUCAUGCCCCAGACACACACACACACACACACACACACAAACAAACAAACAGAUUCAGUAGCAACUUGAUCCACAAACACACAAAAGUUGAUUAUUACCAAAGUCUGUACACACGAGAAUCCAGCCGAACAAUUUCAAUAUCUCGGAGGAUGGCGGUCCUCUUUGUUUUUAUUGUCCUCACUGUAACUAGGGCUCAUCACAAAGAACAGUUGUCUCGACUUUUUAGUUGUCUCGAUUCAAACUUGAAGAGAUUUUAAAUGAUGUCCUUCACUUCGAUUGUUCAAGUACAAGACCGGGGUACCUAUUAUUAAUCACCUGCAUGCGUUUUAUUAAGGACCAAAGUAUGGAACAGCUAGAAAUGUCUAAAGACAGUUUGAGGCGUAGGGCUACACUGAAUGGGCAUGAUUAUAUAAGGCUCCCUCAUACUCUAGAUUGAGACCAUUGCACUUUGCGUUUGAAAUAGUCAUCUACUCAUAUCUACUUAGGAUUUUAACGAUUAGCCAAUUAUCAGCCCAGAUGACAUGAAGCCUGUCUUGCUUUAGCAGUUUUCAUAGUUUGAAUGAUGAAUAACGUUUAGAAUGUUAUGAAGUAGACAGAGGCUACGCUGCUAAAUACAAAUAUAUUCUACACUUCAUUUAAAGACCUAUAUUUUCAUUUAUUGGAUUAUCGAGCUAGUUUCAUAUUAGGAGAUGUUCAAGCACAUUAGACUUAAAUAUUUGUCUGUACAAAGCCAAAUUUAAUGCUAGAAUGAGAUUGCAGUACUAUACAGGAAAAGUAGCUUCAUUUUUUAAAUCAGUUUGAGGCUGGUGUCCCACUUCCACACGAAACAAAUCACUCACUACAAUGAGCUCUACAUGCUGGGCUACAGCUGCCCUGCAGACCAGUGAACUGGUUUUACGAAGGUUGAAUUUAUUUUUGUAAGUGACUGGUGAGUACAUGUGCAUUUGUUAGUAUGUUUGUUUGUUUUUUCCUCUUUAAAAUGUCCGUGUUCGUUUCGUUCCAUUCAGGUCGUGCGUGACGUCGUUAAAUCGUAAUGAGGAGCAAUCGCUGAACAAUUGAUCAUUUCUGUGUUUUCUCCGUAUUUCUGAUUUUCAGUGGUGAAGGAAGGUCUCCAUAGUCUCUUGAUUGGUUUUGAACCUUGAUUUGACAGUUACUUCAUCUGUUGCAUGGGAAGAAGGUGGCAUAUAUGAACUGCAUGUCGUAGGUUAUGUGUAUCAUGGACUGUUGGUAUGUUCUGCUAAUUUUACAUACAUAUAUGCAAAGAGUUUGUCUGCACUGUACAGUUUGUGUUUGUUGUAUACACAGAUACAACAUAUUGAAUAAAAUAUUUAUAUAAAGG